AUGGAGUCUAAAGGGAUUCCAGAGAAAGACCUUGGUCUAGGGACGCGCUCGAAUAGCGAUGACACACCAGUCUAUGAGACCAACACUGGUGGUGCUCAUGGCCAUGAGCUUCCUCGAGAAUCGUUCUGGACCCGUAUGGGAUGUACUCCGACUUCAUUCAAGCGUCGAACUCUGGCAACAGACAACCAACUGAACCAGACUAUGAAACCUCGCCAUUUACACAUGAUUGCCAUUGGUGGCUCGAUUGGAGCUGGUUUCUUCGUUGGUUCCGGUAGCGCUCUUAACCGCGGUGGACCAGCUACUCUUCUCAUCGAUUUCGCAAUCAUCGGUUUUGCUAUGUUCAAUGUUUGCUACGCUCUUGGCGAACUUGCUGUCAUGUACCCUGUCUCUGGUGGAUUCUACACCUACUCUUCUCGGUUUAUCGAUCCUUCUUGGGGCUUUGCCAUGGGUUGGAACUAUGUUUUCCAAUGGGCCAUUGUAUUACCUCUCGAACUCGUUGUUGCUUCGUUUACCGUAGCUUACUGGAAUGAUGAAGUUAACGUUGCUGUGUGGAUAACGCUCUUUGCCGUUGCCAUCAUCGCCAUCAAUGUAUUUGGCUCUCUCGGUUAUGCAGAGGAGGAAUUCUGGUCUAGUGUCCUGAAACUUGGGGCGAUCAUUUCAUUCAUGAUCAUCGGUCUCAUCCUUGUUUGUGGUGGAGGUCCAAGUAACGGUAUUUACAGCGAAUACUGGGGUGCACGGCUGUGGUAUGACCCAGGAGCUUUCAAAAACGGUUUCAAGGGUGUCUGCUCGGUUUUCGUUACUGCAGCUUUCUCCUUUUCUGGAACUGAAUUGGUUGGAUUAGCUGCGGCUGAAGCUGAGAACCCAGCAAAGGCUCUUCCAGGUGCUAUUAAGCAAGUUUUCUGGAGAAUCACGCUAUUUUACAUUGUGGGUUUGAUGUUUGUUGGUUUACUCGUCAGCUCCACCGAUGAGCGUCUUCUUGGUGCCAACCCAUUUAUCAAUGUUGCCGCUUCUCCCUUCGUCAUCGCCGCCAAAGAUGCAGGUCUCACUGGUUACGACUCCUUCAUGAACUUCAUCAUUCUCGUUUCUGUUGUCUCCAUUGGUAACUCGGGUGUCUACGGUGGAUCUCGUACCCUCACUGCCCUCGCUGAACAAGGAUAUGCACCAAAGUUCUUCUCAUAUGUCGAUCGUGCCGGUCGUCCUCUUCCAUCAACCAUCUUGAUCCUCGUCUGUGGUUUCCUUGGUUACAUCAGUCUUGCCAGUAGUGGACCUCUCGUUUUCGAUUGGCUCCUCGCUCUUUCUGGUCUUGCUGCUCUAUUCACUUGGGGAUCCAUUUGUCUUGCACACAUCCGAUUCCGCUCCGCAUGGAAAGCUCAGGGUCACACCCUUGACGAGAUUCCAUUCAAGGCUGCCCUCGGUGUCGGUGGCUCUUGGGCCGGUCUGAUUCUCAUCGUUCUCGUGCUUAUUGCUCAGUUCUACACUGCUCUCUCUCCGCUUGGUGUCGAUGGUAUUGGUACGGCUGAGGACUUCUUCAAAUCGUACCUCGCUCUCCCAGUUGUUCUCCUCUUCUUCAUUUGUGGUUAUUUCUGGAAGGGAACUAAAUGGCGGCGCGCCGCUGACCUUGAUGUUGACACUGGACGUCGUGAAGUCGACUGGAACAGAAUCAACGCGUACAAAGCUCAAGUCGCUAUGUACCCCGCCUGGAGAAGAUUGCUGGUUGCCAUGUUCUAG